AUGGCAAUGUGCGAACGGAACCCUCUGAGCCCGCCGGGCUACGUCGGACCUCUGUUGAAUUUGGCCCCGACUCCCGAGACGCUCUACUUGUCCAACUUGCGGGGCGGCAACGCCGGGGCGCACAUGCCCCCGCUGCACCCCCACCACCACCCUCACCACCCCCACCACCACCACCACCACCACCACCACCACAUCCCUUACAACAGGAGGCCAGAGCUGUGCACGCUCCCGUGGCCCGCGUCAAGUUCGUGCGCGUCCGGGACGCCCGCGCAGAGCCGCGCCUUCGGACCCUACUGCCCGACGUUUCGCUCCAACAACAACAACAACAACAACAACAACAGCAACACCACCGGCAACCCGGCCAAGUCUCCCCGGGCCGAGCCGGCACCUCGGUGCCCCCAGGGCCCAGACCGCAAGGCGCCACAGUCGGGCGCGGCUCACGACGUUUACGCCGAGGAGCUGCAAGGCCACGGCGGGGGCCAGCGGGGUUACUCGGACGGGGGGCACGCUUCUGCCCAUGCCGGCCAUCUGGACCUGCACGAGUGCGCGCGACGACUUCAUGUAAACAACAAGCAGCACCAAACAGCUCGACCUCCGUCCACUCUCAUGUGCUUUGCUGAAGGUGGUGCGUGGCGCUCGUCGCAGCAGGUGAGGACCAGGAAGAAGAGGAAGCCUUACUCCAAACCUCAGCUCGCCGAGCUGGAGAGCGAAUUCCUGCUCAACGAGUUCAUCAACAGGCAGAAGCGCAAAGAGCUUUCGGACAGGCUGGAGCUGAGCGACCAGCAGGUGAAAAUCUGGUUCCAGAACCGCAGGAUGAAGAAGAAGCGACUCAUGAUGCGAGAGCAAGUCUUCGCUACUUACUGAUGGACGAAAUAC